CCCACCCCCUCCCCACCACUUCGCUCUCAAAACUGGCGAUGUCCAGAGUUCCGAGCCCGCCGCCCCCCACGGAGAUGUCCAGCGGGCCUGUGGCCGAAAGCUGGUGUUACACUCAGAUCAAAGUGGUGAAGUUCUCUUACAUGUGGACGAUCAACAACUUCAGUUUCUGUCGGGAGGAAAUGGGCGAAGUCAUUAAGAGCUCCACCUUCUCCUCGGGAGCCAAUGACAAGCUGAAAUGGUGUUUACGGGUCAACCCUAAAGGGUUGGAUGAGGAGAGUAAAGACUACCUGUCUCUCUAUUUGCUCCUGGUUAGCUGCCCGAAGAGCGAAGUACGGGCUAAGUUCAAAUUCUCCAUCCUCAACGCUAAAGGAGAGGAGACCAAAGCCAUGGAGAGUCAGAGGGCAUACCGCUUCGUCCAGGGGAAAGACUGGGGCUUCAAGAAGUUCAUAAGGCGGGACUUCCUACUGGAUGAGGCCAAUGGGCUUUUGCCUGAUGACAAGCUCACACUCUUCUGCGAGGUGAGCGUGGUGCAGGACUCGGUGAACAUUUCGGGUCAGAACACGAUGAACAUGGUGAAGGUUCCGGACUGCAGACUGGCAGACGAGAUGGGAGGAUUGUGGGAACACUCCCGUUUCACUGACUGCUCACUCUGCGUGGCCGGGCAGGAGUUCCAGGCCCACAAAGCCAUACUGGCAGCUCGCUCCCCGGUUUUCAGCGCCAUGUUUGAACACGAGAUGGAGGAAAGUAAAAAAAACCGUGUUGAGAUCAAUGACGUGGAACCGGAGGUCUUCAAAGAGAUGAUGUGCUUUAUUUACACGGGCAAAGCACCCAAUUUGGAUAAGAUGGCCGACGACCUGCUUGCUGCUGCUGACAAGUACGCUUUGGAGAGGUUGAAGGUGAUGUGUGAGGACGCACUGUGUACGAGCCUGUCGGUGGAGAACGCGGCGGAGAUCCUCAUCCUGGCCGACCUCCACAGCGCCGACCAGCUCAAGACGCAGGCCGUCGACUUCAUCAACUACCACGCGUCAGACGUCAUGGAAACCUCCGGAUGGAAGUCGAUGGUGGCGUCCCAUCCUCACCUGGUGGCGGAGGCCUACCGCUCCUUGGCAUCGGCCCAGUGCCCCUUUCUCGGCCCCCCCAGGAAACGUCUCAAGCAGUCCUAG